AUGAGUGUGGAUAAUAUGAGAGAGCCAUUGUUGAAGAAUCACCAUUACUACAAAGAUUGUCCUGGUUGUAAAGUUGAACAAGCAAAAGAGCUUAAUCAUGGUGUAUCUGUUACAAAUCUUUUCAUCAUUUGGAUGGUCGUCUUAUCUUCAACACUUCCUGCAUCAUCACUCUUUCCAUUCCUUUAUUUCAUGAUUAAGGACUUUAAAAUUGCCAAAUCUGAGGCGGAUAUUAGUUACUAUGCUGGUUAUGUAGGAUCAUCAUUCAUGCUUGGAAGAACUUUAACAUCUGUAUUAUGGGGAAUGGUUUCUGAUCGAUGUGGUCGAAAACCUGUUAUGGUUAUCGGCGUUUUCUCAGUUGUAAUUUUCAACACGCUAUUUGGCAUUAGUUCAAGUUUUUGGAUGGCGGUUAUCACAAGAUUUCUUUUAGGAUGUUUGAAUGGUGCAAUUGGACCAACUAAGGCUUAUGCUACUGAAAUUUUUCGAGAAGAACACCAAGCUCUUGGACUCUCAACGGUGAGUGUAGCUUGGGGAACAGGUUUAAUCAUUGGACCAGCAUUGGGAGGUUAUUUGGCUCAGCCAGCUGAGAAAUACCCACAUAUAUUUCCAAAGGGUUCCUUUUGGGAUAAGUAUCCUUACUCCUUGCCAAGCUUCAUAAUAUCGGCGGUUUCAUUGGUAGUUGUUAUUGUCUGUUUGUGGAUGCCGGAAACAAUUCACAAUCACAAGGGUGGCAAUGUGUCAACGGAUGAUGCUGAAGCUUUAGAAAAUGGAAGCAACAAGGUUGAGAAAGAAAAGACAGUCCAAAAGAGUGAAAGUCUCUUCAUGAAUUGGCCCUUAAUGUCAUCUAUAAUUGCUUACUGUGUCUUCUCACUUCAUGAUAUUGCUUAUCAAGAGGUUUUCUCUUUGUGGUGUGUUAGUCCUCCAAGUCUAGGAGGUUUGAACUUCACAACUGAUGAUGUUGGUAAUGUUCUUGCAAUUUCAGGUCUAGCACUUGUGAUCUACCAACUAACCGUAUACCAAUAUAUGGAAAAAGCUUGUGGACCUGUUGGAAUUGCCAGAAUCACAGGGAUAUUUUCAAUACCACUUUUGCAAAGUUAUCCCUUCUUAGCAAUGUUGUCAGGCAUAUCCUUAUACAUAUUCAUUAGUAUUGCUUCCAUCCUCCAGAAUAUUAUAUGUGUGACAAUUACAACAGGUUUAUUCCUCGUACAAAAUCGAGUAGUGGAACAAGAGCAAAGAGGGGCAGCUAAUGGUAUAUCGAUGACAGCUAUGUCUCUAUUCAAAGCUAUUGGACCUGCUGCAGGUGGUACAAUAUUAACUUGGUCGCAAAAGCGUAGAGAUGCUGCUUUCCUCCCAGGUACCCAUAUGGUGUUUUUCUUUUUGAAUGUGGUUGAAGGAAUUGGAAUACUUAUGAUGUUCAAACCAUUCCUCGGUGAAAAGAAGAAAACACUUUCAGAUCAGUUACACUGA